AUGUCGUCCACGUUGACUGUCCACGAGCGGCUCACCCUCUCCAAGUGGGCGUACAGCCUACCUGGCCACGUCACUCCGAGCCUCCCUCGCGGUGCCGAAUGGGUCAAGAGCGAGUUCGGAAAGGAUGUGCCCGAAGCCAACGACGGCGAGAUUGCCCCCCUGAUCCGUCCAGGUUUCGGUAAAAACUUCCGGGACAUGCCCGAUGACGAUGCCGCGUUCCCUUGCGCCGUUCAGGAGUGGAAGGCAGCGACCCUGACGUGGGCGGAGAUCGCCAUCUUGUGGUUCGUUGAGAAGAUCACGAACAUGCCUAAUUGGCAUGUCAAGGUCUUUAAUGAAGAGAUUGUCGCCAAGUGGAAGCAGGAGGUCAUGGCUGUGGAUUGGAAAGCCGUGGGUCUCAAGUAUGCUUAUUUUGACGAAGAUCUGUUCAAGUCUGCUCUCGCUGAGCUUCGUGAGAAGGCUAAGCUGUAUGAGGCUACUGGCUUGAUCCCCGUCUUCGAUGCCUCGUCCGUCGUCAUCAGGUCUGACAACGCAAUCACCCCAGAGGUAAAAGAGGAACUUCGAAAGGGCGUAGCUGCUCUUGAAAACGUCCCUGAAAACGAAAAGGACUGGCAUCCCGGCAGCGACGGCAAGGUCUUGGACCUUGUCCACCCUUCUCUCUGGCCUCUUGUCUUUGGCAAGUCUCGCAUCGUCUCCGAUAAGCGUAUCCUGCUAAAGGACACUCUGGCGGCAUGCGGGCACGGGAGACGGCUGUGGUCCGUCAAGUUUCAGUGGCUCCCGUGCGACAUUGAUAUCGAGGAGGGGAAACCAAAGAUUAUGAGCUACAUCAACAACCUGCACCCGCAGCACCAUGCCGGCCUCUACACCACGAUCGAAAAGGUGCUCGAGAAAUCUUUGCCCAUGUGGGAUCUGAUCUACAGAUGGCACGAAGACUACGAGACCCUCCGCAUCCCCUGUGAAUCAGCCAGGAGGAAGUACCCAGACGAAGACGAGCGUGACGAGGAUGAUAUCGACGACGCCGUCUACGAUAGCGACGAGGAGCCCAGCCGCGAAGUCGAGAGAAGAGACAAGAUCUGGUACUCGGCCACCCACCCCAUCGAGAAGCCGCCCGUCCCCGAGUACAAGCCCAUGGAGCUCCAGCCCAAGGACGUCAACCUCACCUCGGGCUUCUUCAACCACGCCGACCGCAUCCAGGUUAUUGUCAAGCUCGCCAACAUCCACCUCACGCCCGAGAAGCCUACGUACGACGGCGGCCACCUCGUGUUCCGCACCGUCGCCGAUAAAGAAGAGCUCAUGGGGGAGCUGAAUUACGAGCAGAGCGAUCACUACAGCAUCGACCGGACGUUCGCGAUCAACUCCCACGCGGACACGAACCAGCACCUCGGCAGCGUGCUCACGCGCGAGGACAGGCUCCUCGCGUUCCCCAACGUCUACCAGCACUGCGUGGCGCCGUUCGAGCUCGAAGACAAGACGAAGGCGGGCCACCGCAAGAUCCUCGCGCUGCUGGGGCCGCUGCCGCCCGAGGUUACGGAGAUGGUGUUUGAUAAUAUGGAUUUCCCGAUUGGGAUUGAAGAGGCGAAGAGGAUACGGGCUGAUGUGUUGAAGGAGAGGACGACGAUUGCCGAGGUUGGGAUGAGGACGAUGACGAAUGGGGAGUGGAACUUUUGUGAGCACUGA